AUGCUCGCUUCUACCGACGUUAAAGGUUCUAUGACUAUUGCAACGACGAGGGAGACAAGAGAUCCGUACAUUGUUCUCAAAGCUAGGGAUUUGAUUAAGCUUCUUUCCAGAAGUGUCCCUGCUCCUCGGGCAAUUAAGAUUCUAGACGAUGAGGUGCAAUGUGAUAUCAUCAAGAUUGGUAACUUGGUUCGGAAUAAGGAAAGAUUUGUUAGAAGAAGGCAGCGACUUGUGGGUCCUAAUUCCUCUACCUUGAAGGCGCUGGAAAUAUUAACCAGCUGUUACAUUCUAGUUCAGGGAAGUACUGUAGCCGCAAUGGGUCCAUGGAAAGGUCUCAAACAAAUCAGAAAGAUUGUGGAAGACUGCAUACAGAAUAAAAUGCGUCCUGUAUACCAUAUAAAGGCACUCUUGAUCAAAAAGGAACUGCUGAAGGAUCCAGCUCUUGCAGAGCGUAACCACUAG